CUUGUAACCACCUACACUGAUCAACACCAUGAUAUAACUAAAGAAAGUAUUUGUUAACAGAUGUUGGAGGAAAGAAGGUUGACUGAGGAAUCAAUACAUGCUUCAACAUCAUCAGGGAUGUCUUCAAUACCUUCUGUAUUUAGGGAACAAAUUCAGGCUACAAUCAUUGAUGGAAAAGAUAUAGAAGUUUCAUUUGAUGAUUUCCCUUAUUACUUAAGUGAGACCACAAAAGCUAUGCUGAUUGCUGAUACAUAUAUACACCUUAAGCAUAGAGAGCAACUUAAAUAUGUCUCUGAGCUUCCUGCAGUCAACUCAAGAAUUUUGCUUUCUGGUCCAGCAGGAUCUGAAAUAUAUCAGGAGAUGCUGGUGAAGGCACUUGCUCGUUAUUAUGGAGCUAAAUUGCUCAUUUUUGAUAGCGAUGCUUUUUUGGGUGGGAUAUCUGUGAAGGAAGCUGAGCCAAUGAAAGAGGCAUGUAGUGCACACAAAUCCUCUUUAUCCGGGGCAUCAAAUGUAUUUAGGACAGGUGAUAGAGUCAAGUAUAUUGGCUCUGCUUCUGGUGCACUGCACUUGAGUCCCAUCUGGGGCAUAAAAGUUGGGUCUACAGGGAGGGUUGUAUUGUCUUUCAACGAUAAUCUAUUCGCAAAAGUUGGUGUAAGAUUUGAUAACCCCUUCAUAUAUGGCAUCGACUUAGGUGGUCUUUGUGAUGAUUCUUAUGGAUACUUCUGCAAAGUCAGUGAGCUGUGCUUAGACGCCACUGCUGUGGAUGCUCCGGACAAGUUACUCGCUAAUACAUUGUUUGAGGUUGUUUUCAAUGAAAGCCGAAAGUCGCCAUUCAUUUUGUUCGUGAAAGAUGCUGACAAAGUAAUGGCAGGAAACUCAGAAUUAUAUUCAACAUUUAAAAGUCGGCUUGAGAAGCUUCCUGAUAAUGUAAUUACUAUUGGUUCACACGCUCAUACAGAUAAUCAUAAGGAGAAGCUACUAUUUGAGAUCAUAUUGCCCACGAAUAGAUGCAUGCGAUUAUAUCUUUAA